UAAGAACUGGACCUUUACAUCAUGAAUAGGAAUUUAGAGUCAACUAUACACAUUUUAUUUUGUUCUUUCGCUAUACAGUUAAAAUGUAGAACUCAAUUCUAUAUACAUGGACGGAAUUCAUAGUUAUUCUGAUUUCUUCAACUGAAAUAAAAAUAAUUUACAAAGAUUUGUUUUAAAAGAGGCAAGGGGAUUUAAGAAAAAGGUUUUUGUUAGGCUUUCUGUUACGGAGGUUUAUUUCAAAGUGAACAAAUUUUUAUUCAACAUGAAUUUUGAACACUUGGAUUUUGUCGUCUGCUUCUGUGUCAUUGUAAUAAACGUAAAGUUUAUCAGUGCCUUCCGUCCGGUAGAUUAUGUUGCACCUGUGAAUCCGUGUCGACUUGAGGACCAGUUCUGCUCCGUGAAAUGUUCGAUACUACAGUUGAAAGGGGACAUCAAAUGUGACUUCUGCGUGUGCAGACAUAGAGACGAUUACGUAAAAUGGGAUACAACACCGGAUCCUACCAUGUCGUCUGUCCCCACAACUUCACUUCCGCCGGAUGUUAUUGAAGUUAACAACAUCCGGUAUCAUAAAAUCAGCGAUCCAUGCGUUUUAUCACGUGACGGAGUUUGUCCAAUGAAAUGCACGGAAACACAAUCAGUUAAACAAGAUGGCAGCCAUUGCACCAUGUGCGAUUGUAAAGGUGCCGCUGUUCUGAUUGGUUGAAAUAAGUGAAAAAUGAAAUGGCAAAUAUGGAACAAAAUUGUUAUAUGAGACAAGUUACUUUCCGUUUUGUUAAUCUCUUCCAAAUCACACUGUUGAUCAGCAUUGAUUUUGUUUUGUAUGUGACGAUACGUUAAUA